GUCGUCCAGCGACGAAGGACGACUACGACGCGCAGAUUAGGUGGCUCUUGAGUGAGCAGUCCAGUAUCGAUUCAAUUAGCAAGCUCAUUCCAACACGAGCAGGGUGCAAUAAAGCGAAUGUCUGUCGUAAAGCACGUUACAGCUGUCGUAUUCGUAUAAAUUGACCGUCCGGUGUUAUUGACCAAAGACAGACGCUGUCAGGGUUUCAUACGUCGCAACUGUAGCGUAACCUAUAGUCUAGUACGGUUUCGAGCUAGAACCAGUUCCGCAACGGAUGAGUGAUGCAGCAUCUAGUUGCUGUUUGUUUUCGUAAUUAGUGAUAGCUACCAACCCAAACAGUCACGCGUGUGCGGUUCACUGAGAUAAGUGAUAGUUUUGACAACUGCAACUAGUGGGAGCGAUAGUGAAGUUCGAGAUGAUUCACCUAGUGCAAAAUGCCAUCCGAAAGAAGAGACAGUAUGUGGCGGCUCUUGUUGCGAAUCUCGCCAUCGCCUGUAUGGGCGCCAGCAUGGCCUGGACAUCACCCGUAGAGUCGAAGCUCAAAAACCCCGCCGAAUCUCCGCUGUCAACGAUUCCAACCGCGACAGAGCUAUCCUGGAUAGGAUCCAUCUUGACGCUGGGAUCACUGACCGGUCCCACAUUCGCUGGACUGAUAGCGUACCGUUUCGGUCGUAAGAUGGCCAUGCUAACCAGUGCAGCAUUCUAUCUGAGCGCCUACGUGCUCUUCCUGACGGCAACUAGCGUUGCGCAGAUCCUCGUAGGACGCUUCGUCCAGGGUUGUGGCAUCGGAUUUGCCAUCACCAUUACCCCGAUGUACGUCGCCGAAAUUGCCACCGUUAAUCGAAGGGGAGCCCUUGGAUCGCUCGUCCAAACCUACAUCACGCUAGGGCUCCUGUUUGACUACGUCAUCGGACCGUACGUCAGCUACGCUGCAUUCCAGUGGAUCCAGAUGUCGCUGCCGGUGGCCUUCAUCCUAACGUUCAUCCACAUGCCGGAAACUCCGCACUUCUAUGUAUCGAAAGGGAACUACCCGGCUGCGGCACGUUCCCUGGCGUACAUCCGAGGGAAACCCAUCGGCGAGCUGCAAGCUGAAUACAACUCGAUACAGUUCUCCGUAGAAGAAUCGAUGCGCAAUCGAGGAUCGCUGAAGGACUUGUUCCGUAAUCACGCUAACUUUCGAGCGUUGACCAUAUGCACCGGGGUGGUGGUAUUUCAGCAAUUAUCCGGGAUCAAUCCGGUGCAGUUCUUUGCACAGACCAUCUUCGAAAAGACCGGAAGUGGACUCCCGGCAGAGUUGAAUGCGAUCAUAAUCGGAGUUUUCCAGGUGGUGGCCAGCGUAGUGACGGCCUUGAUCGUCGACAGGGUAGGACGAAGGCCUACAUUGUUAGUCUCAGCGGCCGGGAUGUGCUGUUCGCUUUCCGCACUGGGAGCGUACUUCUAUUUGGACGAUUCGGGAUCGAAAGCUGCAGGGAGUCUAUCCUUUCUACCGGUCGUAUCGCUGGUAGCAUUCUGUGUCAUGUUCUGCACUGGAUUUGGCCCGAUAGCUUGGGUCCUGCUUGGUGAGAUGUUCGCUCCUAACAUCAAAUCGUUGGCAUCCUCCGUCGUGUCGUCCAUCUGCUGGACGACGUCCUUCUUCAUUCUGUUCUACUUUUCCGCGCUGGACGUGGCGCUGGGAUCGCAUUGGUUGUUCUGGAUCUUUGCCAUCUGCUGCGCGAUGGCAUUCGUGUUCACCUACGUGUUUGUGGUGGAAACCAAAGGGCUUAGCUUGCCGGAAAUUCAAGCCCGGCUGAACGAAACCGCACCGGUUAACGGUGCUGAGGAUGGUGGCGUUGUGAAAUAUUGAGUAGGUUUUCAGGCAGGAAUUUUAUGACUUUGUUUUUCUUGAUUCAGGUCAGUGAUGACGGACCGGUAUGUGAUGGGUUUCAUUGAAGCAUGCUAUUGCUACUUCACAGUAGUGGUAAAGAUAUUUGAGUAGGUUGCGAAUGCCGCUGAAGUGGAUCUGGAUUUUUCGUUUUGAGUGGCUACGGGCGGUACCUAUCUUCAAAGAGGUGUGUUUUUUCAAUAACCUGAAUACCGCCCAUCUUAAAGGGCGAUGCAACAUGUAUCCAUAUUUGAUAAGUUGCAGCAAAGUGACAGAUUAAUCUAUUUGUUAAUCUUGUGGAUUUACCGCAACGUAUCAGAUUCGGAUGCAUUAAGCAC